CUCCGCAGCCUGUUCAGAAGAAACGCUCUGAACUCACUUUUGUAGUGAAGUUGCCUCCACGUUGAAGCUCACAACUCGGUCAGCAUCUCUCUCUUCACAGGACAACAACAUAUUUUCUUUAUAUAUUUUAUUUCCCACACUUCAACCUCACCUCAACCAACCUCAGCAUGACGUUCAGGAGGCUGAAGAAGGUGAACUCCAGCGGGCCAGAGAGUGGACACUCAUCCCAGGACAACGACAUCUAUUUCCCCUCGUCAAAGUCAGACAGCUGCAGGACGAUGGAGCUACCGACCCACUCCUCGGAGGUUUACAACUACAGGACUCUGGCUUACUCUGGAGGGACUCUGCCCAGAAACUUCAAAAAAGGUGACGGGCUGCAGAAGUGGAAACCCCUCACACAGACGCCAGAACCACAAAGAAAGGUGGUGGUCCUGGAGAAAAAGGACGAGGAGACGUUUGGUUUCGAGAUCCAGACUUACGGCCUCCACCAUCAGGACCAAAACUCGGUGGAGAUGUGCACGUUUGUGUGCAAGGUGCACGAUGACAGCCCGGCUCAGGAAGCAGGACUUAAAGUUGGGGACACCAUUGCAAGUGUGAACGAGGCCACCGUGGAGGGAUUUAGGCACAAGGAGAUCGUUCAGCUCAUCAGGGCCUGCGGCAACACAAUCAGGCUGGAGACGGUUUACAGUGACUCAAUCCGAAAAGCAGAGCUGGAGGCCCGGCUUCAGUAUCUGAAGCAAACCCUUCAUGAGAAAUGGGAUGAAUAUCGGUCGUUGAUGGUGCAGGAGCAGAGGCUUGUUCAUGGCAUAGUAAUGAGUGAUGCUGCAGUGUACGAGUCCCUGGAGUCUGCAGGUGUGUACGGCAGCCUCGGCACUCCCAGCCCCGCCGCUCAGAGAGCCCUCCGCUGCACCGGCAGCACCAGCAGCAGCGCCAGCUUCCUCAGCACAGCCACUGAGGAUGACCCUCUUUACCAGACCUGCCUGUACCAGGUGGACGGAAGCGUUGACUCGGACAACAUCAACGCAGACAAAAAGAAAGAGCAGCCGCCACAGAGGCAGCAGCGUCUCCGACCGGCCAGCGAGCUCUUCCUGACGGCCAAGACGCACCUGACCCGCAGUGCAAGCACACGCAGCUACGUGAGGGGACCUUUGUCGUCGUCCUCCUCCUCCACCUCGGGGGAGAAGCAGGGAGGGUUCAGCACGCUGCAGAGGAAGCCCAAACAGAAAAGCUUCCGCAGGCGACUCCUCAAAUUCAUCCCGGGCUUGAACCGACCGCUGGAGGAGGAGGAGAGCAAACUGUGAGAGGUUCACCUGAACUUCACAAACCCAAAGACUUAAAGCACCAGUGACUGUCAAACUAAACUGCCAAAGAAAAAAAGUGCAAGAAGCCCCAAAGACUGAAGAGACCAAAGUAAUGGCUCUACAGCUGCACCUCUCCAUGUUUGAGUAGACCAAUGAACAUUUGGCCGCGUCCUGUAGCCUUCAGUGUUUCACAGCUGUACAUAACUUUUCAAAUUGUUUUCUUUAAGUUAUUUAUUUAUUUUAAAUUGUCAGGUUUAUGUACGGAAUGAAGGAUUUUCCAGUUUUUACAGCAUGCACCCACUUUUGACAGCUGAGUAAAUGACCCGUUACUGUUGUGAUUGUGCAACACAACAUUUUCUAAGUUUGAUACCUACUUUAGAUCAUUCAAAUUGAUCCUGUUAUAUAUUUUUUUUCUGCCUAAGUCACGGUUCCUAAAAAUAAAAAAUGUGGCAUUUUCAGAUGAUAUGCUCAUUAUUUUUGUGCAAAACUUGCAAGAAAAGCUGUCUUGUUCCACAGGCCACAACUGUUUGUGGGAAUUGUAGCUGCCAAACUUAAAUUAGCGCUCAGAUCUCGAGUGUAGACACAAUCUGUUUGUAAUUUCCCCAGUGGGGAUGUGUCCUGCUCCAUGUGAUUCUUUUUAAAUAUAGUACGUCUUUAUAGUUUCACAACUCUUCUUCCAUUUAAGAAUGUUAUCACCCGAGUUUAGGAGGUUAGUGCGUGGUUUCGUAUGGUUCUAGGCUUUUUGUGGUUCAAGGUAUCCAGAAUGGAGGCUGUUGUGUCGGCUAUGACACAGUUUAUUGUUGGGAGAAUAGAGAGGAAUGUGCAGAGAAAGGCAUGACCCAGAAUUCCAAACACAACCGCUUUCUUUCAGCUUUUGCAGGCGAAUGCCGAUUCCUCUUCUUCCACGCUCCCAUAUUCCCAUGGCGGCUUCAGUUGUCCAAGAGCUCACUGGGUGUGUGUGUGUGUGUGUGUUUUUGGGCGGGGGUUGCUUGGAGUCUUUUCAUUCCUGGCUCCCAGCUGACCCAUGAGGUCAUGGUGGUCACUCUCUCCGUUGGCUCUGCGGCGUUGAUCCCUUUUGUCCUCUGCCGCUCAUUCACAGAUGCGUCAGGAGUGUGGAUGAUGGUGAGCGAUGGUAUGUGGCCAUGUGUUCAGAGCCGAGCCCCUCUGAUUGUUGUGAGGACAUUAAGGAGAAGCAGGGAGCAGGAGGAGGAGGAGGGGGCUUUGGAAAGGACGCUGACAUAAGGGAUUGUUAUGCAUGCUGCUGGUGCUUGAAACAUGGGUUUAGAGCGAAUGGGCUGAAUGCAUAACGAGGGGAUAAUUAUUCAAGAUGAUGGUACACUAAAAACAAUGUGUGAAAGGGCCAUUUAACAGAGACAGAGGGCCCAAACAAGGAGGGUGCAGUUAGUACUCAGCAAUUAACCCAGUGGGAGGUUAGUGUAGGGUGGUGGCUAGUCAAUAAUACAGUUGCAAAUGUUUGGAUGUCGCCUUACUGCUAAAACAUCACUGUUGAUUCAAAGACUAUGUGCUGAAUUUCUUUUGUUCGUGCAGCAGUGUGUUUAAACAUGAACUGCAGGCAGACGGCUCCUUGUGCUGUUUUCCCUCCAUUUUAAGUAUAAUUAAUUGCUUAAGUUUGCCUUUGUUACUAUCUCUGCAUUGUUAGGAGGAUGUAUUAUGUUUUAGAAAGGCUGGAUUACAGUUUCUCUACAAUGCUUUGGUGAAGUCGGACACUAAAAUCAAGAGUCAAACGACAAUAAUUGAAACUGAAUGAUAGAGAAGGAGUUGUGUCCUCAAACCUACUCAUACAAUCAACAAUGUGACAUACUGCUGGCCACAAACAAAAUACUGCAGAAGGAAGAAAAAACAUGGAGCAUCAAAUCUUAAGUUCAAACUUGCAAUAAUAAAAUGGAUCAGGGCUGCAGAUAAUUAUGUUUUAUCGUACGCUUAUGUUUUAGAUUAACUGAUGAAUAAUUGGAUCUAUAAAACAACAGAAAACAAAUCACAAAAUCAUAAAGCAAUCAAAUGUGUUAAUGAUCACAAUAUUGGUUGAGGCUGAAGACUACAAAUUUGAAGAUAAAUAAAUAAAUAAAUCUGGGGGUUCGGUGUGAAAGAAGUGACUUCACCAGACCUCUGUAGCCUGCUCCUCAUUUCUGCUUGAGGCUAGCGGCUCGUGGCUACAUUAGCUGCUACUAACAUGAAACCCAUAAAACCCGACCGCGCUCUCAAAAGUCGAGUUCCAUUGUGGAUAAUGUAGGUGCCAUAUUUUGACGAGAGGGAAUAAUGCAUGGAAUAAAAAAAUAAAGUUCUCUGGUUCUGCUGUGGCGAAUUUGAUCGUUUUUUGUAAACUAUCCACUGUGAGUCUGACAGUGUUAAAGGAAUGCUGAAUAAGUGAGGCACUCUUUUAAUAUUAAUAUUUGUACUUUUUGCUGAACUCAAAACAAGAAUUUUCAACAAGAAAUGUCACUUUACAAAAAGGUACCCGAACCUAGGCCUAGGCCUGGGCCUGGUACCGUCCAUAUGGAAAUCUAUGAACACCUGAUACCACUCUGGUGUGUCCUUUUAUUCUUGCAGUUUAGGAUAUUGUGAGCAAGGGGCUCACAUUUUAAUUCCAGGCUUGUGUUAAAUUCUCUGCAGACCAUAUUUUCAAUGUGAUAGUCGUGUGACGGAUAAAGAGAACUGCGUGUAAAGAACCAGAACUCUUUAAAAGUUGUGAAGUGAAUGCAUUUGAAGUUUUGAUCACUGAGUUUGCAGUCUUAAACACACAAUUAUUAAAACACUGUGUCCAGUCCUGUCAGCGAUGAGAAACGAGUUUUGAGAAGAGGAAGCAGAAGGGCCUGUAGCACAAAGUUAAGCCUCUGUGGUGAAACAGCCUCCGGCCAGAGAGCUAUUUCUCAAACAUGGCGUGCGUCAGAGCUUCUGAUGGGCCGUUAGUGCCUCUGGUCAAAUUAAUGGAUCGGUGCAGAUGUUCUUGGUUAAAAAUAAGGAAGCGGUUGGAAGUUUGAGCUCGACACUUGCAGCGUUUUUACAUGUAUAUAUGUGAACAGAAAAUACACCAGACAAAACCACAACUUCAGUCUCACGCAAGAAAUAAACCUGCUUGAAGCCGAAAUAUCUCUCAAAAGGGAAGCUUUUGGUGUCAUAAAGCGUGGGUGGCCCAUGUGGCAUCUUGGAGUCGUGUCUGUUGUGUCUGAUACACGGAUAGGAGCUUGAGUGGGCCGUCAAGGCGCAGGAUGUGGUUGACAAAUGUGCCGGAAAUCCACCAUAAAGAUAAGAGAAUACAACUGACUGCAUGCUAAAAAAAAAAAAAAGGCA